UUCUCGAGUUGGAUGAAAAUGGACAAUAUUUCUCUGGAAAUUGGAUUUAUAACAAUGGAAAAGAAUGGUGUUAUUAUUUACUCGGAUGAUUUAUUUAGAUACAAAAAUUCCUAUAUGCUUUUAUAUUUAAAAAACCGGUUUCUAGAAUUCAGAUUUAUAGGAGAAAAGGGAACAAUCAUCCUCAACUCUUCAAAGCAGAUAGCGAUAGGAAAAUACCACCAUGUGUCGCUCAAAUGUCUUCUUCGGUAUGCAGUUAUGUACUUGGACAAGAAACUGGUUGCCAUGGAGCCCUACAGGGAGACUUUUUGUUCCAAAUUUUUGCUGAAAAAAAUGAUCAUCGGCUCCCUCCCGAGACUUUCCCAAAGCGAUGCUAAGCACAAAUUCCGAAUUCCAGACUUCAGUGGAUGCAUUUAUAAAUUAAAAAUUGGCACUCAGGAAGUGAAUUUGAGAAAUCUACGUGGCAUUGCUUUAAAAGAUUCUCAAAUGAUGAACAAGUUUACUACCAACAAAAUCCUUCCAACCAAGAUGUGUUUGCCUCUACCAAUAGAUUCGAAAAAUGAUAGCGAUCCUGUCUCUGUUAUUUUCUCAGAAGAAAAGGCGCUCAGCACAGAAGUACUUGAAAAGACGAAUACAAGCUUCGUACUUCGAACACGAGAACAUUCGAAGCCCAUUUUCUCCUGGAUUGAACACCCCUCCAAAGACCUUCAAAGAGAAAUAAGAAUAAGUGUUCAGAAAGGAAAAACUGAAUUAUGGAUCUACUUUGGCGGAAACGUUAGAAGAAUCAUACGAAGCUCAAAACCUAUAAAUGACAAUAAAUUUCACAACGUAACUCUUGAAAAGUCAAUGAAAGAACUGACACUGUUUGUGGAUGAUGAAAAGAAAACAAUAAAGCUGAAAGACAGAUGGCCAUUAGACUUCAAAAAUGGAAAUUUCUUUUUUUCAGUAAGUCGCAAUCGCUUACACCCAGACAAAAGCUCAACAAAGAAUAUAACGGACAUAUUUCAGGGAUGCAUUAAAGAAAUGCAGUUAAAUGGAAUUUCCUUGAAACUUGUUGGCUUUCUGCCUGAACAGUUUCUUUGUGAUCCCUCUUGAUGACCAUGAGAUUGCGCCAGUAGCAGCAGAAGAGACUGAUUUUUUUUUUUUUUUUUUUUUUUUUUUUUUUUUUUUGUGCAUAUCAAGGUCUGAAGCUCAGUAAUAAAAUAUGGACUUCCAACGCUACAUAUCAAGAACGCUGCGUCAAGAAAUGCAUAAUCAGGUUUUAAUGUAAAACGAAUGCAUUAUGAAUGCACUCUAAACUAAAUAUCUAAAGUGGUGCUGUAACUGGAAGUUUUUACUUAAAUUUUUAUUAGCUUUUAUUUCAUAUAGACUUUAAAAAGUGUACAGAAAUCGAGUAAAGAUACUAGAACAUCUUUACGAGGAAAUCAUCUGUGUAUAUUUACUUCCAAAAGGAAGUACAGCAAUCUGAACAGAAGUAUCUUUACGUCAGGUUGUAGAACAUAGGUUUUACAAGUGAUAUAGAGCGAGAUAUAAGAAAAAAUUUACUAGUUGAUAAACAUGAUUUAUGCGUUCAUAAAUCAAUAAAAAUUAACACCAUCUAAAGUUAAGUUUGCAAUUUUAAUUCCAAUUUUCUUAAUAUAAAGUUUUGCUUCAUAUUUAAUGUAUAAGAUAUCUCGUCGGAAUAUAUAACAUUUUGUGUCAUACGUAAAUAGUAUAAAAAUAAUAAUACGGCCUCGAUUAUCCAAAUUUAGAGAGAACAGGAUGAAUUCAUGUAAUUGAUUUGCUUGGAUAAUCACGUUUUCAAUAAAUAAAUUAUUUUGAACUGUGGAUUUAUUUCUCUUCCAAACGGUUAAAAAAUGCAGUACCCGUAGCAAGUAUCUGUAAUUAUCAGUUUUUCAUCACCUUAUUCCGCAACUUGUUGCUUCAUAAUUUUUUAAAUGAUGAUCUUUGAUCAGCCUUUUUGUGAAAACAAAAUUCUCUUGUAUUUUAGAUAAUUAUACACUCAUAUAAUAUAUUUUUGGCAGGGUCCAAACUCUGAGUCAGACUUAAUUAAAGAAACAUAAAUGGAAGAAGAGACGGAACAGAAAAGGAGAAUCCAGAGAUUAGCGAUUAUAAGUCUCGUAGAUCUAAGAACCUAAUUAAAUAAUCAUACUUAACUACUAAUGAUCUUAUUAAAUACCUAAUUGAAUUGUUAACUGCUUAAUUCACAGCUUAAUUAAUUUAUAAGCAAUUAAAAAUUUAAUUAAUAACGAAAGAUCUGAAGACUUAGAAAGAGUUAGUUCAUCUUAGCUAUGUCUUGCUUCCAGGAUUUCCUAGAAUAUUUAUGACACCUUUUCAAAAAUUUUUAAUGAAUCGAUGUGAAUCAAUAUUUCAUAAAUCUAUAUGAGUAAAUGAUCUUUAAGAUAAUCGAGGCUGUACUUCUCUGCAUGUUAUAUUUUUGCUUGAAACAUUAUGUUACGUUUUCAGAGCAUAGAAAUAAAGCUUCUAUUUUGAUGAACAGGGAUUGUGAUUGGUCUUCGUUUUCAUUAAUUCAAUAGAUGUUUCAUCAGUUCAUUGCUACAUAAUGGAUACUAUUAAAAGCAAAUAAUCUUCUUCCGUUUCCUGCUCAAUAGUAAUGUUUCUUUCAAAUAAUGGAUAUGUAUUAAAAGCAGUCUUUUAAACAAGAUUCUGUGUUUUGUUCUAAUGUUUUCUAAUUAAUUAUAGAUGUAUCCAAGAUGCAUUUUUACAUUUUUUAUUGUAAGUUGCCUCAAGCAUUACUGUUUUUAAUUUAAUUUUAUUUAUUUAUUUAAUUUUGUUAAAAAUAAA